AUGCGCGAGCGAUCGUGGUCGGUCGAGCGGUCGCGCCGCGAGUUGCGAGAUGCGCUGGCGGCCUACGCGUCGUUGUGGGCGGUUGCCUCGUCGGCAGACCCACUCUGCCUCGGCACGCGCCCGGCGGCCAGUACACUGUAUGUGGCUACUUGA